GAGGUAGUGAAUCAGGGAAUAAAUCUUUAAGCCGAACUAUUUUAUGAGCUGAUCUCACCUGUUCAGCCGUGUGCCGCCUCCCUGCCAAGACUCCAGCUGCAAAUCCUUCUGGCGAUUGCCACACAGAAAGCACCCGGCAAGGCUAGAGACCGCGCAGGACUAUGCAGGAUGACAUCAGCCGUGACUUCCCAAUAUGCCUGACCUGACAAGGCUCCAGCAAUGGAGCUCUGGGGGAUCAUUGGAUGCUCCUUGAUGGUUGCGCUGAUCCUGGCUUCGCUGCUGUCCAACGGCAUGGUGCUGAUCUGCUUCCUCAGCUGCACGGACAUCCGCGGCCAGGUGCCAGGUUUAUUUAUCCUCAACUUGACCCUCUGCAACCUCCUGCUCACCGCGAUCAACAUGCCUCUCACACUGGUAGGAGUCAUACGUGGCCACCAAGCAGGAGGUGAAGAACUUUGCAGGGCUGUGGGCUUCUUAGAAACUUUCCUGACCAGUAACUCCAUGCUGAGUAUGGCAGCCCUAAGCAUUGACCGUUGGGUGGCUGUAGUUUUCCCACUGAGUUACCAUUCCAAAAUGAGGUAUCAGGACGCUGCUCUCAUUGUACUUUACUCGUGGAUUCACUCUUUGUCCUUUCCAACGGUAGCCCUUUGCCUCUCCUGGGUUGGGUUUCACCAGGUGUAUGGUUCUUGCACCCUGUAUAACAAGAGACCAGAGGAAGGAGCAUCGUUCCUGGUUUUUAUGGUCCUUUUCCACCUAUUCAGCUUCCUCCUGUCCUUCCUAGUUCUAUGUGUCACCUACCUGCAGGUCCUGAAAGUAGCCCGGUCCCACUGUAGAAGGAUUGAUGUGAUCACCAUGCAGACUUUGGUGCUACUGGUGGAUUUGCACCCAAGUGUGAGACAGCGAUGUCUGGAGGAACAAAAGAGAAGGAGGCAACGAGCAACCAAAAAAAUCAGCACUUUUAUUGGCACAUUCCUACUCUGCUUCUCACCUUAUGUCAUCACCAGGUUGGUGGAGAUUUCCUCAUCGACACCCAUCAGCUCCCAUUGGGGUAUUGUUAGCAGAUGUCUGGCAUACAGCAAAGCCUUGUCCGACCCAUUCGUUUACUGUCUCCUACGGAAUCAAUACAAAAGUUGCUGUCGAGACUUGUUUAACAAAAUCCUGAAACGGAGUACUGACAAUUUGUCUGCAGAGAGGGGGAAUUCUUAUGUAGGAGAUUUUGUUCCUGAUACUGAUUAGUCAUUUGAAAAAGUCCUACAAAAAAAGGCAAGGAGCCCAAAUACAUCCAGAGACACAUCAUCAAUGAAACUGGCGUAAAAGUGCACACCUUAUCACCCUAUUAUAAUGGGAUUUCUUAACCAAUCUAUUCUCAGUUUGCGAGGAUAAGACAAACUAACCAAGAACUAUUCCAUUCAAAUGGUUUGAAUCAUUCUUUAUACUAGAGGAAAAUAUUUAAAAACUUGGUAA